GCGCUGACGUGCCGGGCGCCAUGUUGGAGGGCUGGUGGUAGCGGCUCGGGGAGGUUCUCGCUCCGUCCGUCUCGCUCCGUCGCUCGCUUUUCCCCCCGCCCCGGCUCCCUUCGGGACCCCCCUCCCCGAUCGCCGGCGUGUGGCGGAGUGUGUGCGAGGCCGGGGGCGGGCGUCCGGGGGGGGCGGGGGCGGGCGCCGCGGCCCCCGGGACGGCGGCCGAGGGAGGCGCCGGCGGCGAGGGACUGCGCGGCGCCAUGGACGUCGAGAGGCUGCAGGAGGCGCUGAAAGAUUUUGAGAAGAGAGGGAAAAAGGAAGUUUGUCCUGUACUGGAUCAGUUUCUCUGUCAUGUUGCUAAAACUGGAGAAACAAUGAUUCAGUGGUCCCAAUUUAAAGGCUAUUUCAUUUUCAAACUGGAGAAAGUGAUGGAUGAUUUCAGAACUUCAGCUCCUGAACCAAGAGGUCCUCCCAACCCUAAUGUUGAAUAUAUUCCCUUUGAUGAAAUGAAGGAAAGAAUACUGAAAAUUGUCACUGGAUUUAAUGGUAUCCCUUUUACUAUUCAACGACUAUGUGAAUUGCUAACCGAUCCAAGAAGAAAUUAUACAGGAACAGACAAAUUUCUCAGAGGAGUAGAAAAGAAUGUGAUGGUUGUUAGCUGCGUUUGUCCGUCUUCAGAGAAGAACAAUUCAAAUAGCUUAAAUAGGAUGAAUGGUGUUAUGUUUCCUGGAAACUCACCAAACUAUACUGACAGGUCUAAUAUAAACGGGCCUGGAACACCUAGGCCACUUAAUCGACCAAAGCUUUCUUUGUCAGCCCCCUUGACAACAAAUGGUUUGCCUGAGAGCACAGAUAGCAAAGAUUCAGACCUGCAGCUAAGUGAAGAGAAAGGUCACAGUGAUUCUUCAGCCUCUGAAUCAGAAGUUUCCUUACUGAGCCCUGUUAAAAAUAAACAUCCAGAUGAAGAUGUUGUGGAGUCUGAGGAACAUGAGGUGAAAAGACUGAAGUUUGACAAAGAAGGUGACCUCAGAGAGACAGCUAGCCAAACGGUGUCCGGUGAAGUCUCUUCAGUUAGAGCAGAGGAGACGGAAACAGCAGCUCCCCCUCCUGACAAGGACAGAGAAAGUCGAACCAGGCAGCACUGUACAGAAGAGGAGGAGGAGGAGGAGGAGGAAGAAGAGGAGGAGGAAGAAGAAUCGUUUAUGACACCAAGAGAAAUGGUCCCAGAAAGAAAAAAUCAAGAAAAGGAAUCUGAGGACGCCUUAACUGUGAAUGAAGAGACUUCAGAGGAGAGCCAUCAGACGGAAGGCUCUGGUGUGUCUCUAGCUCAGACAGACUCCGCUUCAGAAAGGAGUGACAGUGCAGGGGCCUCAAGGAGUGGCUCUGAUUGCCGGGAGACACAGGAGUCAGGAGGGUCCCCUUCCAGUAAAACUGGAGAAAGUGUGUCAGUGUCGUCGUCCAUGGAAAAUGACGAAGCCACGGAAGUCACAGAUGAACCAAUGGAACAAGACUAACUACUUAAAAACACUUAGAGGCAGUAUUUUACAUACAGUUCUGGUUUUACACUGUAUAAAACUUUUAAGUAAUAAAUAAAGUGGACCUUUAGUUUUACAAGAGAAACAGGCUGUAAAAUAAAGAACCUUAAGAAUAAAUCCUGAAAGUUGUUUGUGGAAAGGAGCUGUGAGUACCGGCUCCUUUGGGUCCCGCUUAGUGCUGAUUUUCUUGUUUUGUUUGGUUUUUUGUUUGGUUUUUUUCCUGGUGUACUCAGAUCAGUGGUUUGUGUAUAGAUUUUUUUUUUUUUAAUUUAGAAUUAAAGUUUUUAAACUGGAAGAGAAUUAUACUUUUGAAAACUUUAAAGAUCUCAUUUGGUUUAUACAUACACAAGGAAGAUUUUUGUCUUGUCUCUAGCAGUUUCCAUAUUUUGGUCAUAGUUUAAACAGGUUAACAUGUGAAUUAAUAGGGUUUCAUGUGGUUUCAGAUUUUUAUUGUUCGACUGUACAAUGGAACCUUAAGUCAUAUAUACAUAUAUAGAUUAUCCUAAGGGGGGAUGUUAUAUUUUUCUGUUUCUAUAAGAGAUGAAUACAGUGAAUACUUUUUUAUUAGUAAUGACUGAGUUCACUUCUUUCAGAAGACCUCUUCUGAGUAGUUGAGACAAAAAUCUGGCCCCUGUGAAACCCUGGGAAUCUUUUAGUCUGUUGAAAUACCAGGUUAAACACAUUCCAAGAGAUCUGUGCAAACUAGAUUCUUUUGUAUACUUCUAAGGUGCCUGAGACAACACGACUUCAUUAUUUAUGAGAAAGUGUGCUUUAUCUUGAGAGUUGCGCUCAAGCGUUAGCUUACUGUUGGUUGAAUGAGUGCUUUGGAGCCUGACAUGAAACCAUCUCAAGAGCCCACAGGUCCCAUAACGUUUGAUUGCUUUUCUGAACACUGUCAACAUCACAUCUGUCUUUCUGAAUAAUCCUAUAUGCCACAUGGCACUGGUGUGAAACAUCACUGUACUGGAAGAAUUAGUAGAGGACUUCAGUAAUGUACCUGAGCUAAAUGACUGAGGCAUUAGGGGUACACAGAAACCACCAUGAUUUGUAUAACAUUUUGAAGUGAAUUAAUAUUUUUGAACAUGCUUCUUCAACAGCCAGUGUUAUAUUUUUCAGAUCAACACAAAGCACAAUGGUUAUUACUCUAUAAACUCAAUAUUUUCAAAUUCACAUAUUUAAAGUCAUGCAAGCUGCAACUUCCCUGUCAGAAUUACUGGCUGCCAAAUUUAUACCUGUUUCUUCAGCUGUACUUUUUGAUAUUUAGAAUUUUUAAAUUUCUGUAAAGUAGAUUUUGUAGACUGUAAUGUGUUCACUGCCUUUGUGAAGCGGUAUAUAAUUGUAUAAUUUCGUGUGUAACUGAAUGCUUGGGCUUUCAAUACAGUAUUCAUAUAAAGCAAUAAAUAUUAAUGUUAUGAAAUAUUGGAGUACAUUUUUAUCAAAAUACAAAAAUCCCUUUUUUAGUUUCAGACAUCUGAGGUACAGGGAUGGACCUAAUAGCUGAUGCAAACAGUUUCUCACACUGUAUCCUAAGCUUCGGGUGAUUUGAAGGGAAACCACAAGGUUUGGAUUUUGACUGCUUAGACAUUACUAUGGCUAAAAAGAUAUUUGGCUCCGUUUGUUCAUAAAGUAAUAUACUACUGACUGAUGACCUUCAGGUUCACAGCAGCUGGGCGGUAUAUUUAUGAAUCUGUCUAGUAAAACUGAAUGUUGAUUUACUGCACCCAAGAGGAGUGAAAAUCAAAUGUAACUUGGCAAAAAGGUUAAAAUGAAGCAAAUUUUAAGUGUGACACUCAUUUGUAAUGGCCUGUUAUAGUUGAGGGAUUGCCAGUAAGAGCAGAUUUUAAAGAUUUUAGGUUUGGAGUUUCUGAGAUUUUUUUUCUUAGGGUAUUUAUGAGAUUGUUGUCAAUAAACCUGUUCUCUAAGCUCC